AUGGUGGCGUCGUCGGUGUGCAAUCCAAAUGGUAACCCAACACAUGCUUCCGCGUUUAUCAUUGCUUUCACUGAUGAUCUAGAGAAGAUCACUGAAAAGAACUCGUUCAGUAGUUCAACCCUUGGGCCAUCACCGACAAAAAACAGCGAAUAUCGAUGCCAAAAAGGAGAAUGGUACAGUGUGCAAAAGGCAAAUCCAGCAAAGAAGGGAUUAGUGAAGGCUGUUCUUUGCUACACUGCUCCUCCACCACCACCAGGAAAA